CCUUUUCCGAGGACCACUCCAAAAGAUAAACGACAGAUUACGAAUCACAGCAAGCAUGUGAAGUGUACUUGACCAAUGCACGGUGGCGAGGCGAGAAGGCCGAGUAUAAAAGGGGAAGGCCGCUCAAACUGGGCAGCAUUCAGCUCAUCAGCUUUUGAUUGCACCAUGAAGUUCCUCAUCGUCCUCGCUGCCUUCGUGGCGGUGGCCACUUGCUGGUCCAUCCCCUCCGAGGAUGAGCUCGCCAACCACUGGCAGAAGUUCAAGGCCGAGCACGGCAAGAACUACGCCAACGAGCUUGAGGAGACUCACCGCAUGAAGAUCUUCAAGGAGAACGCCAUCAAGGUCGCCAAGCACAACGCUCGCUUCGACGCCGGUGAGGUCACCUUCACCGUCGCCAUCAACAAGUACGCUGACCUGCACACCCACGAGGUUGCUGAGAGGCUCAACGGCUACCGUUCCCCCGUGAACAAGCCCGUCCGCGCCGUGCACAACGUGUCCGAGCCCGUGGCCUUCCCCUGGCCCUGGAAGAAGAGCGUCGACUGGAGGAAGAAGGGAUACGUCACCGACGUCAAGGACCAGGGCCAGUGCGGCUCCUGCUGGGCCUUCUCCACCACCGGCUCCCUCGAGGGUGCUCUCUUCAAGAAGAACAAGAAGCUCGUCUCCCUCUCCGAGCAGAACCUGGUCGACUGCUCCUCCGAGAACUCCGGCUGCAACGGUGGUCUGAUGGACUACGCCUUCGCUUACAUCAAGAGCAACGGCGGUAUCGACACCGAGGACUCCUACCCCUACACCGGUUUGGACGGUUCCUGCAGCUACUCCAAGGACAACAGCGCCGGCACUCUGUCCAGCUUCGUCGACAUCAAGCAGUUCUCUGAGAGCGACCUCCAGGACGCCGUCAAGAAGGUCGGCCCCGUGUCCGUCGCCAUCGACGCCAGCAACUGGUCCUUCCAGAUGUACAGCAGCGGCGUCUACUACGAGCCCUCCUGCUCCAGCACCUCCCUCGACCACGGUGUCCUCGCCGUCGGUUACGGCAGCGACGGCCGCAACAAGGACUACUGGAUCGUCAAGAACUCCUGGGGCACCUCCUGGGGUGAGAAGGGUUACAUCAGGAUGGCCCGCAACAAGAAGAACAACUGCGGUAUCGCCUCCGAGGCUAGCUACCCCAAGGCCUAAGUUCCAGGCUCACUGUUCUGCAAGUGCAACUUGAUUGAAAAAAAAAAUAAGACCAAAUAAAAUCUAGGUUUUUUAACAACAACAAGAAA